ACGGGAGACAUUUGGCCAAGCGGAGAUGAGAUGAUGGAGUGUCCCCCUCGAACUGAGCAGGGCAUUCCCCUCAUCACCCUGCCCCCCAUUUCUGCUUGUGCGCCCCAGCGGCGCCCCUCGACGUAAGCAGCCUGUGUGCCUCUCCUCACGCUAGGUACUGGACCUCUCUGAGCAACCUGGUGGCAUCCCUGCUAAACUCGGUCCGCUCCAUCGCCUCCCUGCUCCUCCUCCUCUUCCUCUUCAUCAUCAUCUUCUCCCUGCUGGGGAUGCAGCUCUUCGGCGGGAAGUUCGACUUUGAAGACAUGGAGGUGCAGCGCAGCACCUUCGAUAACUUCCCCCAGGCGCUCAUCAGUGUCUUCCAGAUCCUGACCGGAGAAGACUGGAAUUCAAUCAUGUACAAUGGGAUCAUGGCUUAUAAAGGGCCCUCCUUCCCCGGCGUGCUGGUAUGCAUUUACUUCAUCAUCCUCUUUGUCUGCGGGAACUAUAUCCUGCUCAAUGUCUUCCUGGCCAUCGCUGUGGACAAUCUGGCCGAGGCCGAGAGCCUGACAUUGGCCCAGAAAGCCAAAGCCGAGGAGAAGAAGCGGAGGAAAAUGUCCAGAAGUUACCCAGAGAAAUCUGAGGAGGAAAAGCUCCUGCUGGCCAAGAAGCUGGAGCAGAAAGCCAAGGCUGAAGGAAUCCCCACCACAGCCAAGGUCAGUGCCGCGACCCCUCUGAGCUCGUCUGAACAAAUGUCUAGGGGAACUUUCCCUGGCAGUUGAGGAGUACGGUACCGA